AUGUCGCAACCUGUCGCAGAGAAAAUCAGCCAGCUGCGUUCCCUGGUUCGCCUGCUCGUCGAGUCGUCAGAGGUCGUCAUCAAGGAAUGGGAAGCCGAGGCUGCUCAGGCUUCUGAGCCAAACAACACUCCCGAUGUUCCGUCGCCCGCACUCUACGAAGCCCGCCGUGUCAUUAUCGGGGCAUGCGGCAUGUGUAUUGACCUCGUGCAGGAUCCUUUGUUGCGUCUCGGCGAAGUUGUCUCUUCGUACUUCGCCGCCAAGUGCCUAAACAUAGCGGUGCAAGCACGGGUCGCAGACAUAGUCGCCGAAGCCGACCCGCAGCGAGGCAUCUCCGUCGAGGAUAUUGGUCGGCGAACUGGAAUCAAUGGUAGAAAACUCGCCCAGCUUUUGCGCUGCCUCAGCACCAUUCACAUAUUUAGCGAAAUCAAGGAUGGCUAUUUUGUGAACACUCGGACGAGCGAGUACAUGGUGGCGAACGAUUCUAUUCAAGGAGGUGCUGUUACGGAGAAGCUGCCCGCUGUUCUAUUCGAUCCAGUUAAGACCCACUCUAGAUCACCGCGCGAGUCUGCGUUCCAAGAAGCAUAUGGGACGAAUUCGACUUUGUGGGAAUAUCUCGAAGAGCCGGUCGAGCAACCUGACGGGACGAUGGGUCCACGUCCGGCUUUUAAUACUUGGAUCGGCGGCAUGAUGGCGGCCGGUCGCGCGGAAUCCAGCGCAACUUAUGUCGAUUAUCCUUGGCACACUCUGGGAUCGCGUACUGUCAUAGACGUCGGCGGAGGACUUGGCGGAAUGAGUCUUGAGCUAGCAAAACGCUAUCCUGACCUCAAGUUCGUCGUACAAGAUCGGGAGGCAGUGAUUGAGAAGGCGGAGUUGAUCUGGAAGCAGGAACUCCCGGAGGCAUUGGAAGCCGAGCGUGUCAAGUUCAUGCGUCACGACUUCUUCACACAACAGCCCGUCAAAGAAGCAGAUGUCUUCAUCUUGCGGCAUAUUCUCCACGACUGGCCCGACGAUGAAUGUGUCACGAUUUUGCGUCAUCUCCGCGAUGCUAUGAGACGCGACUCGAGACUUCUUGUCGCGGAUAAAGUGAUGCAGACGACGGCUGGUUCACCACUGUUGAAGAGCGCUCCAUCACCUCUUCCUGCCAAUUAUGGCUAUGCACAUCACAUGGGAAAUAUUCUCGCCAUCGGCAUGCUAGCUCUCUUCAAUGGAGUAGAGAGAACACCCGAGGAAUUUAGUGCAUUGGCAGAAAAUGCUGGCUUGAGAGUGGUGAAAAUAUGGGAGUGUCGUGGUCUGGCAUAUGUGACGGAGAUGAGGCGUAAUGAUUAUGAUGGCUGA